GCCCGUGUAACAUCAUCCCAUAAUUCUGUCUCUCUCUCUCUCUCCCCUUCUGUGUGUGUUCUACUGUGUGAAUAAUAUUCUCAACUGGAUACUCAUCAACUGUGUUCUUACUUCUUUCUUAACAAGAUUCAAAGCAAAACAAGAUCUCCAUCUGAAUCUAACUGAAGUGAAUCUAUGAUCUAUCUACACAAUCCAUGAACUAAACAGCUUGUUUUGUUUAUUGGUAUUCUUCGUCAUCUUUGAAGAACACUUGAUGGAUGAAUCACAUGUUCAUACAUCAUCAUCAUCAUUCAUUCACUCACCUAUUUUUAGCUUUUGUUGAUCUUGUUAUCAAAAAUGAUAUGUGGUGAUGGAUUCUCUUCUUCUCCUCCUCCUUCUCUCGCACCUCUCAUCCAUGACACCAUCACAAACCCUAACCCUACUUCGUCGAAUCCAGCUAAACGAAAACGUAAUCUAGCUGGAAAUCCAGAUCCGGAUGCGGAAAUUAUAGCUUUAUCUCCAAAGUCUCUAAUGGCGACGAACCGAUUCGUGUGUGAGAUAUGUAGCAAGGGAUUUCAAAGAGAUCAGAACUUGCAGCUUCAUAGAAGGGGACACAACCUACCAUGGAAGCUAAAGCAAAGAAACAAAGACGAAGUUGUUAGGAAGAAGGUUUACAUAUGUCCAGAAAAAAGUUGUGUUCAUCAUGACCCUUCGCGAGCUCUAGGAGAUCUCACCGGAGUUAAGAAGCAUUUCAGCCGGAAGCAUGGAGAAAAGAAGUGGAAAUGUGAAAGGUGUUCGAAGAAAUACGCCGUUCAAUCGGAUUGGAAGGCGCAUAGCAAGAUUUGUGGCACGCGAGAGUACAAGUGUGAUUGUGGAACAAUCUUUUCCAGGAAAGACAGCUUCAUAACGCAUAGAGCAUUUUGCGAUCCUAUAGCGCAAGAAAAUUCAAGAAUGGCGUCAUUCGCAAUGGUUCAUAAUCCGACCACCACGAAUCUGAAUUACCAAAACGAUUUGGUGACGAUGAUGAACAACAAUGGUAGGAAUAUGAAUCCUGGAAUGAAACCAAUGCUACCAACAUGGCUGCACCACAACGACAAUAAUCCCAUCGAAAACUCGACGAUAAUCUCAUCAUUAUUAGGGUCAUCAAGCUCCAACAACAACAAUGGUGGGAUAUUAUCAUAUGAAGCGAUGCAGUGGCUGAGUAGAAGCCAGGAACCAACUGAAAAUAUUACAGAACUGCCACUAGGGUUUUACUUAAAAGAGGAAGAAGAUAGCAACAACAAAGUGGAGUACUUUCAACCAAAUCCAUUGUAUAACAAUUAUGGUGGUUGUCCACCUCUUCCACCGCAUAUAUCCGCCACCGGAGUUUUACAAAAGGCGUCCGAAAUGGGGCCCACUAGAAGCACAAACUCCGGCGGGUUUAGUGGAAUGAUGAAUGGCGAUGGAAUGACGAUGGCAAUGAUGGCGGGUUUGGCGCAAAAGAGUGGCCGCGUCGACUCGUGCGAGGGGAAUUUGACUAGAGAUUUUCUUGGAGUCGAAGGGAAUGAGAGAAGAGCGUUUAGUAUGCAACAAGAGAUAAUGAAGUUCACUUGUCCGAUGAGUGAUUCGAACAUAGGAUUCAGUGGAAAUCAAUAAUUAGAAGGCUAUGGCACAACAUGUUGAAGAAUAUAUGUAUUUCGGGAUUAUAAAUGUGACAUUGACAAAUGAUCAGUUGGACACUAGUCCCGUGAGUUUUUUCAUGUACCUUACUACAGUUGGUGACAAUAUAUAUAUUUGUUUCCUAUGAA